UUAAAAGUUAUUGUUUAAAAUAAUAUAAAAACAUUUUUCUUCACAUCCAGCGUUGGACAUAACUGAGCGCUUGUGAAUAAUUUGUGUAUUUAUGGACGAUGGUUACAAAUACAUAUACGCAAAACAAAGGAAAAACAAACAAGAAAAAAGAUGGAAAUAAAUUGUUGUUAUUCAAAUUCUACCUCAUUCUCGUCUGAGAAAGUGUGUUGUAAUUGGACAUAAGGUAUCUUUUUAUGAUCGCUACCAGUGAGAUACUCAGAUUCAUAUAAUAGGAAAGUUUUUCGGACUUUAAACGCGUCAUUUUAAUGGGAAAUUUAAACCUACUGCAAAACAACAAACUAUAUUUUUUCAUGACAACGUUUUAGAUGUUCAGUGUCAUUAGGUGAAAAACAAUUGAAAAGAGUCCGAUAAAAAAUGAAUCAGAAUGAUAAAUCUGUAUAAUCUCAAUAUUUCUUACAGUAUAAGUUUAGUCUAAUUCAGAGGCAAAGGUGAAGUGAUAACAAAUACAUCUAUUUUGCGAGUGAAUAUCACUUUUUGCCGGUGAAUAUCACCUUUUGCCAGUGAAUAUCAUUUUUUUUGCCAGUGAAUAUCACUUUUUUGCCAGUGAAUAUUACUUUUUGGCCAGUGAAUAUCACAUUUGCUAGUGAAUAUCACUUUUUGCCAGUGAAUAUCACAUUUGCCGGUGAAUAUCACAUUUUGCUAGUGAAUAUCACCUUUUGCCAGUGAAUAUCACUUUUUGUAAGUGAAUAUCAACUUUUGAUAGUGGAUACAGCACUUUCUAUACACUAAAAGCCUCACGACCAAUGAAAAGGGUGGAAAUAUACAAACAAUAAUACUUCUAUUACUCUUACUUAAGUCUAAUCAAGGAGCGUGCCUAAACGUUUUUCCAUGACUGGAUAUACAAGCAGAAGCUCGGUAGAACUCAUCACAUCACCGGAUCGUGCGCUCAUUGGCCAUCAUGACUUGAGAGGUAGCGAGGAGAUGUUCGUGUCCCCAAGAAGCUUCCAGGCAGACUUCCAUCCUGCUAAAAAAUCAUAUCCGGAACCUGAGGUUGAAAGACGAAUUAUCCUCCUUGGUCGAGCGGGCGCUGGAAAAAGCGCCUGUGUGAACACGAUUGCAGGACGCCAUGUUUUCCUCGAAUCAAGAUGGGGGCGCUUUCAUACCACCGAAUGUCAGCGAGUGUUUGUUUCACGCUAUGGAAGGCGCAUGGACAUUGUUGACACACCUGGAUUCCUGCUUGAUGCUGAUAUCAAUGGUCCGAAGGUUAAACGAGAAUUUGCAAAGACGAUUGGAAUCUGCUCACCAGGACCUCAUGUUUUUGUCUUCGUGUUCCCCACUCCUCACAUGCAUAGGUGCGACUUUGAAAUAUUUCAAAAGUUUAUCCAUGUUUUUGGACCUGAUGUGGUGAACUACACAAUUCUUUUGUUUUCUAAGGUUGACGAUUUGGACUAUUUCUCCCUGACCAAGCAAGCUUUCAUUCUCUCCGCACCGCCCGAAUGGAAGGCUAUCAUGAAAAUCUGCAACUACCGAUGUGUUUGGUUUCAAAACCGGGCUCAGCAAAUUGAAAAGGAAUUGAUGGUCAGAACUUUCGUAGAAACCAUGGAGAAUAUCGUCAACCACAACCUUGGCCAGUAUUACUGCAACGAUAUAUUCUGGACGGUUGAAAAGACCAUUAUUGAACGGGACAUUGCAAAGAUCAACCAAAACGCAAAGCUGAACAUUCUACGGCGUAAACUCAGGGUAAACCUAGAUGCUGGAAUUCUACAUCGGUACGGCGACACCUCACGGAAAGACCCGAACAGAACUCGCGAAGACUUCCGGCGAGAUCUCAUCAACAAUAAUCUUAAGCUUAUCGACACGAUUUGGCAUACAAUAAAAUAUUUCAAUAGUAUAAAGAUACUCAGAAUACCCAAGUACUUGACAGAACACCACCAUGAAACACUCCACGAGGGUGUUGACCUUGACAUUUCAAAACCAACGAAGGAUAACGAAGAAGAGUUCAAGCGUCACAUGACAACUGCGCAGCCGCAAGAGUUUAAAAAGCGCGGGAAAAUACCAAGACUUCCAAAAAUAGAAAACAAGGGGAGUUUCACACCCAGAGCGAGGCUCGAGCCUCUUUCUGAAAGAAGUGAUCGCUCGACGAAGUUGCCAAAGCUCGUAGCCAAGUUCAACUAAUAAUGAUUAGAUUGUAUUUAACAUGUAUUGGUGGAAUCCGUAAAACAUGAUUGUGUGACUGCUUGAUUUGGUAAAUGCAGUCAGGUGCGUAGCUGCCUAUACGCGAGCACGCGGCUGAAUCCACAUGAUUUUGACAUUUUUUUUUAUAAAAAUCAAAGUUGCAGUAUGCGUACUUGACUACAUGAUCCUAAAACUGUCUAUAUCCCGCUACUGAAAAAGCAUCUCAGAACGCCCAGAAUGCACCAAGCUGCACAUUGGUUUCAACAUUUUCUGCGGGGUCAAAUUCUGCGAAUCCCUCUUGUACAAUUAUGAAUCCACAUGCAUAGUGGGCUGGCUACGCUCCUGGAAGUUGAGAAUGGCUUCCUUGCGGAACAUCAAAAAAUAUACAAUCGCUUACCGCGAGUUAGCAAGUUUACUGAAUAAAGGAUUCAGUGGUGUUGCCAAUAAAUCCAAGUGUCAUCAUGAUAAUGUAGUCGUUCUUACAAUUUAAAGCAAAAUUUGGGACGAGAUAAAAACGUUUACGGCCAAGUUUGACUUUGUGAUUCUUUGUUAUUGAAAAACCACCUACAUGUACACCAUAAGUCAAAAUUGUCUGCUCAUGCUCACCCAAAAUCACUGCCAGAUUGAUGUAAAUAUUUAGGUCUAGAUGUAUAUAGAUUUUAACAGCUGAUAUAAAAUGAAUGCGUUGAUCUGAUAAAAACGUGGGUCUACGCAUGCAGUAUUGUCUUCUUUUGAUUACAUAGCUAACGAAGCAUUCGAUGACAAUGUUAAAAUGUAUGACCAAUUAGUAAUGAAGUCAUUCUUUUAAUAAUAAACACCUCGCAUCCUC